AGUCUAGUCGAAGGAUGACCCUUGCUCCUCUCAAUGCAUUAUGCUUGCCCCAUGUUUAGUAUGCAGAGUUUUGCAGACGUUGAUCGUCUACUCGCUCGAUGCUGUUUCCUAUACUACCUUCAUAUGGAUGAUGGAUGGACAAACGCUGCGAUUUAGUGAGAAGCGAUUACAUGACCUGCGAUGCGCUGAAUACCCUGCACUCACUACGCGCUAAUGCAAUGGUCUUUAGAUGAGUCUUCCAAAUAUUGCGUUAUCCAUCUGUACUGUGUUUAGAAAUCAAGCAAUCCAUGGGGAAAUUGAAGAAUCUCACGAUUGUUUUUGACGGCAAUGUGGAUGUUUUCUCACCCGGUGACGUCAUCAGAGGACAGGUUAUUCUCCUAAUAGAAGCAGAUACAGAACGAGGCUUGGACAAUAUUAAAGGGAUAUGGUUGCGAUUCAUUGGCGGGGCGAGAAUCGCAUGUCAAUCCGGUAAUGCAGGCACGAAGGAUGAAGGAUACUUCGACACAACUCAAAUUCUAUUUGGAACAGGUCCCGAUACAACUGAUGUAAGGAGCCUAAACAUUGCCCCUGGUCAACAAGUCUUCCCAUUCGCGAUUCGUCUUCCUGACAAACUUCUCCCCGUAGCUUUUGAGGAGCAACUCGGUUGUGUUCGAUAUCAGGUCAAAGCUACUCUUUCUCUCAUACGCAGUUUGCGUAAUUACAAAGAGUACAGAACAGAGAAAUAUUUCAGUGUGAUUGGACCGGCGGUGGAUCUUAACACCAUAUCUGGGUUAAAGAUGCCAAUGACCUGUGACGUCACAACACGUGGUUGGUUUGGACUCGGACCCCCAGUUGCUACGCUUUCUCUUACUAUGCCCAAGCAAGGAUAUGUUCCUGGGGAAAGUGUUAAUCUCACUGGUCGAAUCGAUAAUCGAAAAGGGGAUGAUCAAUUCUCAAUUCGAGUCAAGCUCAUUCAGGAAAUCCAAUUUUCGUUCCCAACCUCUCCGAUAUACGUUGAACGCGUCUUGGCCAAGAUCGACUCCAAGGUGAUUUGUCCAAAGGGACGAAUUUCUAACUUCACCAUUGGACCACUCCGAAUUCCACCUGUGCCAUCGUCUGGUCUGCCUGGCUGUGAUCUUAUCAAUAUUGAAUACUUUAUACUGUGCAAGGACAGAAAAUUCACGCUAACGAUUGGAACGGUGCCGCUUCGGAAUGCAGGUACUAGCAGACGGAGAGUUCCCAGGACAACUGACCGUACAAGAACCCCAUCCGCUCCCCCAGAAGAGCUUGACGAUGAUGCUCCGCCGAGUUACGAACAAGUGGUUAGUGUGACGGACCGCAUCGCCUAUGAAAUGACCAAGGAGGACUUUCAGAGUGAGGGAGAGUUUCUCCCUAGGUACACAUAUUUUGCUCGCAUGGGGGACUUCGCAUUCGCUUCUCACCGGUAGAGAUGGUUUUCUCAAAACUACUCAGAAAUACAGAAGUGGAAUUUUGAGCUGCUCGUGAUCACAAAUAUAAUAAGAAGAAAAUACAUUUUCUGUCCAAAAAGAUCUAGUAUCAAAAGUGCUAAGGACAUUGUUCAUCAUUAAAUGUUUAAGUCCGUAUUAACAGAUUUGGUAAAAUAGAUUUAACCGUCUUAAUUGUGUGCUUUGUAUAUUGCACUGAAAUAAUUGCACUGAAAUGUAACGUAUAUGACGACAUUAAUUCAUUGACGGGUAAAAGAAUGGAUUUUUAAUUCCUUAUCAAUCCUUCAGUCUAUAAACUGUUUACAUUGUAAAGAGGCUGUCACUUGUAAAUCAUUCAAAGGGAAGCUUGUUGUUCCAUUGAAAGCAUGAACUUUUGAAAAAGUUUUUAAAAAACAUUCCACUUUCUUUCCUUAAACUUACUCCCAAGGGUGAUCAAUAAAAACCUUCCUCAUCCUUGCAAAUCCCAACACCACAUAGUAAGCUGUACACAUGCAGUUGCACUAGCUGUUUAUUUAUGGUAGGCCAAAUACCACGUAAAGCACAGAUAGUACUAGUGAAGCACUCAUCCUAACAGAUUCCAACAAACCCUGGUGUUGGAGUUUGGCUGGUUGGGGAUCUUUAUGGGUUAAGUAAUUUGAUGUACAUGAUGAAUAUGUAAAUAUGCACGGGAAUAUCAGUGUUAGGUCUAUUUAUUUGCGUACCGUACAAAACACGUCCAGUAGGCUGUAACAAUUAUGUAAAGUAAAAAAGAAAAUAUCUCACUGGACACUUUACACUUUAUUUUUGAUAUGUUGUUAACGGCAGUGAAAUUAAUGUAAUUGUUAUGCAUUUUGAUAUUUUUUUGAUUAAUUGCUAUUAUUCCCUCUCAUGUUUGCACAGUGAACCAGCCCUUUUAGCAGAAUGGAAAUAAAUAGAAUUUAAAGAUUAAUAACCCGCACUCUUGAAAAAAAUUGUAUGAUUUAUUAAAAUGUUAUAUUUUA